AUGGUCCUCGAAGAUACCUUAUUCACGGGACGCGCGUCGUUCACGCGCCACACAAUUUUAGCACCAUUGCAAAGAAAAAAUUGAACGCGCCAAUAACAUAAACCAUUGGAAACCCGUUCGUUUACCGAUAAAUCUUUACCGGCUCGUGCGCGCUCCAAUUAACUCGUGAUUUAUUCCAUUUCGUACAAAUUGAAACAGUAUUUUUACCAUUUUCGUUGUCUAUCUAUUUUUAUCAGAUAUACGUCCAACGAAUUUUCUUUUGUAAAACCUAACACUGUAAACUCCGUGCAAACAUGUCUUCGGCAAUGUUCUGUUCCCUGGGUGAUAAAGUGGCGAUGUUCAAUCAACACGCGAGCAAGCACAUGGACGGCCAAUCGAAAAAUCCCUUCACCAGUGGUCUAAACCUUGAAAAACCAAAGUUUUCAAAAGAGGAAUACGGAAAGCCAGCAGCUGGUUCUCUCUCAGACAUUCGCGGUCGCAAAGCAACUGCUCAUGUUCUCAAAGAAAUUCUCGAACUGUGCGACAUCAUUCAUCAGAACGGUACACCUUGUAAAGACCAACCGGAAAUAACAGCUAUAAGAUUCGGUGACCUCUUCAAUAUUUACGUUGCCAUCAGCGACAAAUGCGUGGGCUUGCUGCUCCGAGCGAGGAGACAAAAACUGCUCGAUUUCGAGGGCGAAUGUUUGUUCCAGAGGAGGGACGACGACGUGCCAAUAUUCCUCGUCAAACCGAUCGGUGAAAUCCGACAAAACUUCAAAGAACGAAUUGAAGAAUUGAAAAAAGAUCUGCCGAAAUAUUGAACUCGUGCCUAAAAUUAUACGAAAGCGCCAUUCACUUCAGCCUUUAAGUAAAGUUUGAUGUUUCGUGCACGAAGAACUUUUUGCCCAUGCGAAGCAUUCGAAUGGUGACUGACGACCCUUCCAAGAAUCUUGUUGAUUCAAUGUACAAAUCAUCAUCACUUAUCAUUUUCCGAUCUACAAAUAGCAUGAAGAAAAAAAACACGUUAAGAAUCGAAAUUGUAUUAUAUUGAAAAAAAAUAGAUGUCAGCAGUUUCUAGAGUUUGAUAAAAGCAAUGAUGCAAGUAUGUAAAAGUUUGUACGUUGCGUGACUGAAGUCGAGAGCAUGUAAGAACGAAUGGUAAUUAAAUUUAGGUUGAUUCAAAGAAAGAAGAGAAAAAAGCCAAACAAUUGAUGUAAAUAUUGCGAUACAAGUUACGUAAUGAAUGUGAUAUAUGUAUAGAUGUAUUAGUAGUAAAGAAAUUUUCAUAAAAA